CGGGGCGUGGCGUGGGGGGCCGGGAGCUCGUCAUGCCGCGCGCGGCGAUCACGGAUGAUGAGGGGGCGAAAGCCCUGGAGGCAGCAGGUACAGAUAUCAAGUACCUGCUGUCGAGGCAUGAGGUGAGUUUGGACAACCAGAAGCUCUUUUUCCACCACGGGGUCACGACGCUUGAGAUGCUGUCGAACUUCGCAAAAGAUAGGGAUGAUUUGGCGCUGGUCCUCAAGGAUCAUUGGGAGUUGGAUGCAAGCAGGAGCUUGGAGGAGAGAGUGCAGGUGGCAGCGAUCACCUGCGCUUUCAUCAACGCCAAGACGAGGAGUCAGCGGGCCGCCGAGGUCGACGCGGAGUACGACACGCUGCAGUGGUCUAGGCCGGUGGUGGCGGGGGAAUGGGCGGCUAUGCGCUCGGCAUUAGAGAAGCGCUACGGGCACCUGGAGGACAAAAUUUAUCCAUCCAAGGAAUACAUUGAAAAGAAGUUGGCAGAGGUUGAACAUGGUGAAUACCGGGCUGAAGAGCUUACAGAAGUUGUGUCCAAAGAAGAACUUGAGCCUGAUUCUGUGGUGCCUAUUUGGGACUCCAAGGGCCGAUUGGCCAUGCGCAGAGGCUCUACGAAAGUGGAGGAACCGACGAACGCUGAAGAACUUCGACGCCGGCUAUCGAUCUGGAAGAACGCAAUGGUUAUGAUCUCGCUGAAGCAUUCCAAUAGGCAUGAGCUUCAAGGCGCUUGGGAGGACACAGUUGAACAAUAUAAGGACUAUUUGUUGGGGGACUAUGUAUUUGGCCUGAGCGCCAAGGACGCUGAAGGUCAGACCUUUGCCUCUCCACCGUGGAAACUUGUCAUUGCUUAUGAACGAGCAAUCAGGAAGCAGGCCGUGAAGAUCACGAACACGGAGGGCAAACCACUUACAGUUGCACUCAAGAUGGCAUGGAAGGAUGCCACGAUCAAGGAGAGGAACUUCACCACGCCCUUGGCCUUGUAUGCAAAGAGACCGACACCACCAUGGCGAGAGCAGCCGCAAGCGAAGCUGGCGCAACGAAAGGGUGUUCAUGUGGUGAUCACAGAACUGGACAUCCAGUCCGAUCGCAAGUCGGAUUUCGCAAUACCUUCAGUACAGAAGAAAUGGUUGCAGUUGAUUGCCAAAGGUUCAGAGGUGCAGAAGAAGAGGAAACCGGAAGAUGAUCCGGGACCUGCGGAGAAACGUCACAACGUGCAGCAGGAGAAGGUGGAGGAGUGGGUCAAGUUGAGGCUUCAACUACGGCAGGAGGCGGUCCGGAAGUUGGGAAGCUUGUCGGAGGUCGAGAAGGAGGCAUUCAAGAUGGCAAAAGGUGGCAAUGCAUUCAGCUUGGUUCGAGAUGAGGAGUUCCUGGAGCAGGCCAAGGUGGGUUUGCCACUGGGCAUCUUGAAUCAAUUGCCUCGUACGCCUGAGAUCUUCGAGGAGCAGCUUCGUUGGAACCUGGAGAGUGAGAAUUGGAGCAGUGCUGUCUGGCAGAAGGAGAACUACGUGUCAGCUGCAGAGCAUGAGAAAUACCUCACAGAGCACCUGGAGCAAGAAGUUGCGGAGGGUCUGAUGACCAAGAUGGGCGAGGAGACUUUUGUUGCUACAUAUGGUGAGGACCGGGCUGUAGCGGCACUAGCAGUCUUGGUUGAGGAUGAGGUGACGGGCAAGAAGCGGGUGAUACAUGACGGCACACACGGUGUCAUGGUGAACCACAAGAUUCGCUGCAGAGACAAGGUCAGAAUGCCGGGGCCUCGGGAGAAGCGGACCCUGCUGGAGGAGUAUGAGGCAGAGCAGAAGACAGUUCUGUCCCUUGUGGGAGACUUCGCCAAGGCGCACAGGCGCUUCAAGUAUGCAGUGGAGGAGCAGGGCUUCUUGGCAUGCAAGGCGUCCUCAGGUUCGAACAUUGUCUAUGUGAACAAAGUUGGGACUUUUGGGAUAGCUUCAACUCCGUACUGGUGGGCGCGGCUGAGUGCGGCUCUGAUGAGACUAGUGUAUUGGGUCCUCGGGGAGGGUUUCCCGAAUGACAUGUUGUUGUAUGCAGACGACCUGGAGGUGUUGACAGUUGGGCGUGAAGGGCGAGUCGGAGGUGUCCUUGCCUAUGCGCUCAUCGCAGCACUUGGAGCCCCGUUCAAAUGGGCGAAGCAAAGGGGUGGUUUGACAACGGAGUGGAUUGGCCUGACCACCUAUUACCGCAGCUUUGCAAUGGGGCUGUCUGUCAAGAGGACUGAAUGGGUGCUGGGGUGGAUCAGGUCGCUGAGGCUGCGGAAAGAAGUCACCUACAGGGAGUUCGCUGCAGGUUUGGGCUCUUGCACUUCCGUGGGAGAGGCCAUUGUUAGGCCCGCUGUACGCCUGGGCAUCAGCAAUGCAGUCAAACCGGGGUGCAUUGACAAUCCCUUGGGCAAUACAGUUCAUUCUGAGUUGGAUUGCAAAGAGGCUCAAAGAAGGUGGCCGCAUGGAAGCAGUCAAGCGCCCAGUGUUCCAGGGUGGCAGCACGCUGAGGAUCUGGACAGAUGCCAAGGCGACGGAACAUGCUGCUUGGAUUGGAGGCUGGCUUGA